GACAAUCGAGAUCAUAUUUUUUCUUUCUACAAUAGAACUUUAUUGUUUGGUCGCGUAACUGAUUUGAUGAUCUGCUGCUGGUGGUGGAUUAAUUACUUUUAGGGUUUCUUCAUUAGAAGAUUUGAAGGGGGUGAAUAGGUAGGGAUGGUUCGUGAUAAUAAUUGUGGAGGAUCCUCAAGAUCAUCGAUUAGGCCAUUUCGUAGUUUCCCAUCAAGAUUAUACGAGAUGGUGGAUGAUACUUCAAUGGAUGCAAUAAUCUCGUGGAGUGAGAGCGGCAAGAGUUUCAUCGUUUGGAAUCAAACUGAGUUAUGCACACAUGUUCUUCCCAAAUUCUCUCUAAGCCAGAAGCUGUCAAAAUUCACCUUCAUGCUUGAUACCUUUGGCUUUAAAAAAGUUGAGUCUGAGGAGGAGCGAUGGGAAUAUGCAAAUGAUAAUUUUGUGAGAGGUAAACCUGAGCUUGCGGAGGAGAUACACAAGCGCUACAUGGCUAGUCUACCCCCUAAAGCUUUUGUGUUUUAAGGAUUCAGCCAAAGUAGCGAGACUAAUGGAGAAAACCAGAGCUUUGACAUUGGCAAUGAAGGAGAGAGCUUUAGCGAAGAAUCUCUCAAAACUCACUUUUUGAGUGUCAUCACUUCUACUUGCUGUGUGAAAUAAAGAGAAAUUUGGCAUCUUUCUUUCUGUAAACUAUAACAUUAAAAUCUGAUAUCUCUUAACUUGUGGUUCGAAAGAUUGAUUUGAUAAUGGAUCUUUCAGGCUGGCAAUGCUGCUUUGUAUA